AUGGCCGGAACGCCCCCGUCUUCCAAUACGGGCCCCUUGAGCUCCUCUUCCUCCGGCUCCCUCUUGCCGCCGGCCUCGGCUGCCAUACACGCCGGCGCUGCUCCCAAAAUCCUGCUCGCGAAGCCGCCUGGGAUCGGUGCCGCAGCCUCAAAGUUCGGGCGGGAGGACGAGCCGUCGUCCGCCGCCGCCGCCCUCCGCGCCCGCGUCCCCCCUCUCGGUUCGCUCAACCUCGUCAUCUCAGAUGCCUGGGAGUUGCAUGCCGACCGGGCUCUACCCGUAUGCACCGCCCUUUCUCCCCCACCCCAAAGUCCAAUACAAAAUAUAUUGCCUUCAAUUAAAUAGAAAUUUUGUGCUUAGGAGGAAGGUGCUUUAAAAGCCGUAGAAUGUUCAUUCCAUGUAUUUUUCACCGUCGAUGUUUUGAACAGUUCUUGACGGAGAACACGGAUUUUACCGUUGUUGGUAUCAUCGGACCUCCUGGUGCGGGCAAGUCUACGAUCAUGAAUGAACUCUACGGAUACGACGGAGCCUCAGCUGGUAUUACUCAAUAACUUUUUCUACAAGAUGGUAACUUUUAUUUGUUUGUUGUAGUGUUCGAAUUAGUGAAUGGUUGAAAUUAGAUGCAUUUUAGGAGUGGUCGUUGUCUUUUGAAACUAUAACCAUAAUCUAUUCCAAGUUCGAUGAGGUUCCUAUCGGAGUAGUGCACCAUUUAGACAACUAUCCGAAUUACUUCUCUCACUCAUCGAAUAUAGGCGACCUUAGAUUUUUUUUGGGCCAUUAGCAUGCGUCAUGUUCUGAGAUCACCAGUUUUCAUGGGUGAGAAACUCUAUUGUCCUUCUUGAAUAAGAUGAACACCACUUCCAUUGGACACAAAUCUCUAUUUCUCAGAUUGAGAAGUGGAGUAAUCGGUAUCUCUUACUGUGCAUAAUGGAAAUAUGAUCAAUCUCCUUUCAUUGCCCAUUCUCGCUUAAUGUUUCUCUAUCUAGUCAGUUGGAGGGCUCUCAGUGCCAGCUUGUUCUUUUUCAGGCCCUCUUCCCUGCCACAACCAAGAAUAAAUAAAACUCAAAAAAUUUCGUCUAUUCCUCAAAACUUGCUGUUAGAAAGAGGUUCUCAUUGCUGCUACCAUCAUCCUGUUCUCCAAAGUAUUAGACGUAUGUGCUCUUUCCUUGAGUCUGGAUGGUCCUAUACACAUUUCCAUGUCCCAAGUUUUGCCACUAUAGUAUGUUGUUUAUCCAUAUGAUCUCUUUAAAUUCUUUUGCAAUGUUGCUUUUUAUUAUGCCAUCAUAUAGAGGGCCUAUCUUCCCAUCAACCAAGGGUCCCUCUUCACUGCCGCCAUGUGAUCUAUCCAUAUACUACCUAAUUCAUUGGAUCUGUCGUACUGUUUCUCACCUUUGAUGGGAAAACAGAAGGCCAAGGAAGAUGAAGUUGACAUAUUGCUGAUAUAUCUGUCCAAAGUGAAUCAUUUCCAAUCAGCAGAUACAUGAACCAUUUCUCAGACCUUGUAAACCUGUAAGUGGGAUAUACUUCGGCUAGGUACUCGUGACAAAUUGAAUACCACUUCUUUCUAAAAAGUUGUAACCAGAGUAUUGACAUGAGGUUUACAGAAAGGCGAAAUGAUGCUGAAACCUCCAUGUCAGUCGAAAGAACAAACUUUCUACCGAAUCCAAGCAUAUUCUGAUCCAAUGGUUCAAUCCCCACGACGUUAGUAACUGGAAGACCGAAAACAUUUUUUACGUGUAGAAACUGAAUAUAAUUGGUUAAACGUGCUUCCUGUUGAAGAAAGAGGACAUUUGGUGAGCCAAAAGACACAGGAUCAAAUGUAGAAUGGUAGUUGGAUUAAGCACAAGUAGUCAGAAAUUAAUGUUAUGCGGGCGGAGUACUAGGCUUAACUGUGAUCUUCACUAGCCCAUGAUGUGGUUUGCUUGCCCUCAGAGAAAGAAUUGUGGUAGAACAGCUGGAAAAGGAUCAGGGAGAAGCAAGUAACAGGAGGUGGCCUUAAUGGGAUACUGGUCGAGAAUUAGACUGGUUUCAUAUUCAAGAAAGCAUACUUAUCAUGAUCUUAAACUGGAUUUCCAAUCAUCCUUUGGAUCUCAUAUUGCUAUUGGAUGGUGAGGACCUCUUUAUCUGCUCCCUCGGAUCCCAUAUUUUUUGCAAAAAGUUGAUGCUAUUUUAUCUCCAAAUGAUGACUAUAUACGAUUGCUAAACUAUUAGAUCCGCAAAAAGGCCUUAAUCAUUAAGGAGCUAAAUGCUUCCACAAUGAAUCUAUCUUGCAAAAGAAUUUUAUUUUGUGUGGGUGUUAAGGUUCAUUUCAGUUCUUAAGUAGAACAUGUUUCGUGGAAGGAUCAUUUCAAACUUUCUCCGAUAACAUUUUUUUGUCAGGGAGUACUAAGGAAGCAUCUACUGCAUUUUAGAGGUUUUCUUCAUAUUACUUGGAGCUAUUUAUGUCAUAUUAAAUUAGAAGGGAGUUUAAUGAAAUAUGGUUGACAUUUUCGAUGUUAUUUUCAUGGGUAGCAGUACAAAGUAAUAUUUUUUUUCCUUCAACUUUAUUUGGAAUACGAUCAGAUUAUUUUUCAAUCUUAACAUUCUAUGUUAUGACAAUGUUCUUACUUGCAGGAAUGCUUCCACCUUUUUCUGUGCAGUCUGAUGAAACAAGAUCAAUGGCCAGACACUGUACCAUGGGUAUUGAAAUACGAAUAUCCUCUGAAAGGCUAAUCCUUCUUGAUGCCCAGGUUAUCAUUUACGUCGUUUUUUUCAAUUAUCAACAACAUUGGUUUUUGCAUGCUUCACAUUUUUAUUACCUUUGUAAGGUUUUUUGUCAGUCUAAACUGUGAGGUGCUAAGAUCAGCCCUGAUAUUGUAGUGCACGGAUAAGAUUAAAAAGGAGAUUUCACUCCUUUUUAAGCUUUUAUAAUUACAUUCCCGUCAGUUUUUCCUUGUUGCAAUGAGAGAAGACUUUUCUAUCCUUCUUUGCAGAAGUUCAUUCCGAUUCAAUUUUUCUAUAGUUGACUAUUAUUAAGCAUUGCCACCUCAUUCUUUGUUCUUGACCUUUUUACUUGUAUUUUAAACUGAACCCUUUAUCCUGUGCUAUACACACGACUGCUAUUUAGAGGGUGAAACCGAAGUGUGGGACAAAAAGAAUGCAGCAUGAAUCUCGAAACAAAAAAAAUUAAAUACAUAAAAUAGGAUGCUCCCCAAAAAUUUUACACAUCUAACAAUAAGCUAAAAUUAAGGAAAAGAAGGAACUAUUAUAAAUUGUUCCUCCUAUCCUUGAUUCUCACUAGCAUGCUUGGGGAAAUAUCAUCACUGAUCUUCACUGAUCUUCACUGAUCUUCACUUGUCUGGACCACUGAUCACGAUUCAUGAUUGAUUUACUUAUGGUAUUUUAUAAAUCUUUGAAUUCCCAUUAAAAUAUUCUAUUGUUCAUUGCCCUCUAUGUAUUCCAUGGCAUUGCUGUUGAAGGUGACUUCUACCACCAAUCGGCAUCAGUGGGCAGGGACAUAAAUCAUGCUGCAGUGCCAUCAUGUCCUUGUCCUGUGUACUCACCCACAUGACUUUGAACAACUUCAAAUAUGGAUUUGAUAUGGAUGUUAUCUUUUUCGUUACUACAUCAGUCUCUGUUUCCUUCCUGCUCUUAUUCUCAAGGGAUUUUGCAAUCACACAAGCUUUUCACGUUCAUAUUCUUUAAGAAUGCUUCUAACUGUAGGUUCCUUCCUUCUUGUGUUGAUGACUGGAUAGCUACACAUGUUUCUGUCCUUAGCAACGCCUGACUCUUAUUGAAAUCUCUAGCGGACAUUUUCAACACAUGAUGAUCUUCCUUUUUGUAUCGUCAACACAUAAAUCAGAAGGACAGUUCCUGUGUUGAUGAUCAUGCACUUUUGAUUUUCUCCAUUAUCCACAUGAAGAUCUACGAAAAUCAAAAUGAAAACUGAAUUUGCAUCUAAUUCCUACAAAUGGAAGGCUAAAGAUAAUGCUCUUUUGGAGAAAACUUCUAUUCGUUUGCUAGUCAGAAGUAUUUAGCUUUUGCAUUUUUGUCUGCAGAGUCCUCUUCUGCAAUCCACACAAACUACUUUUAUUGAAGAAGCUUUCAAAGUUAACAAAGCCCACUUCUCCUUCCUUUGUCUAUUAACUGUCUCAUUUCGUUUGAUGAGUCCUACUGUUAGAGUUUUAAAUUGUGAUCAGGGUGAAACAUUGUAAAAGUCUGAAGGCAUUUUGGGAAAGAUCUUGUAGGGUUUCUUCCCUAUUUAUGGGGUGAUAAAGGUCAGUGAAGGGUGAGGCGAUUUUUUCCAUUCCUCCCCUUGUCCUCUGUGACAAAAAAACCUUCCUCCAUUCCGUCUAUGUUCCUCUUUUCAAUCUUAGUUUUCAUCGUCGUAUCAGAGCCCUAAUCAUCAGGGUGAGUCAUUGGGGUUCAUCGUCUCCAUCCGCUGACCUCUCUGUCAUCGCCCACCAUUGGGACAAUAACCCUAGUCUUGGAAGAAAGUUCUUCCUCAUUGGCAGCUUCUUCAUUUGUUAGGUUGGAGACUAUCAUCCUCCGCCUUUCUCAUCCAAUUAUCUGCCCAUGGAGUCUCCGUUUCUCACCGCCAUGUUGCCAACUCUCCUCUUGUUCUCCUCUCCAUCAGUGUCAAAUUACUGCGCUGUCUCGUACUGUCCCAUCCUGUUGCUACGCUGUUGACAUUGUUCCUUCCUGGUCCCAUACUGUCACUGUCUGGCUUAGGAGCUCUCCCACACCGUCGUUGGUCUGCAGCCCCAUUCUGUGUCCUUCAGCUGCCAUCUAAAGGGGUUCUGCACGCCAAAAGGUGCCCCACACUGUUUAUGUGGUUCUGAGCUAUCAUCUACCAGCAGCCAUCAUCUCCUGCUGGUUCUGUUCUCUCCUCUUCAACUGGUCUCCAACAACAGUCAGCACUCAGCAGCCCAACAGGCCAAUCCUCCAGUACUGGGGACAGUUUAUCUAAGCUGCAUCCAGUCUCCUCCAUUCUGUUCCAUCACCAUAACAUGGUGUAUUAGAGGAAGAUAAUGAGAUAUAUCCUUCGGCAUCUUCUUUCUGAUAUUCAUCUUUUUCCUGUCCUCCUAUGCCAAGGGUAUUACAGCCCUUCCGAGGGUAGGAAAUGUACCUGGGUUCCAUGUCAGCCCUCUGGGCAGCGAAUCCAUCUUUGUCCAUCCGUCUGAUUCCUGUGAUGGCGUAUUCAUCUUCAAGGUGAGGUUGAUUGGCACUAUUUUGUCAAUGUCUUUGUCGGGAGUGCGAUUAUCAACUGUCUUCAUCAGCAUGUUCAUUACUAGCACAUUGAUCAAUGACAUCUUCAUCAACUCUCUAGCCAAAGGGCAGUGUAUCUAGGUCUAUUACUAUCAGUUUUGAGAGAAGGAAAAUAACCCUCUAAUAUCUACCUUCAUGCUUAUUGGUCUUCUUUUUUUUUUACCGUCCAUGAUGAACUAUCCCGAAGUUCAUCUCGAAGGGGGGGUGUUGGAAUUAUAAAUCGUGAUCAUAUUGUGUGGGAAAUAUUGUAAACGUUUGAGGGUAUUUUGGGAAAGAUCUUGUAGGGUCCCCACCUAUUUAAGGGAGGAUAAAGCUCAAUGAAGGGUGAGGUGGUUUUAGCUGUUCCUCCCCUUGUCCUCCAUGACAGAAGAAACCUUCCUACAUUGUAUCCAUGUUUCUCCUUUUCAAUCUUAGUUUUCAUUGCCUACUAAAAAGAAAAUCUAAUUGCAUGAAUUCUUAUCCUGAAUGAUUGUUUUUUAAAAAAUAUUGGCAUCCUAUACUACUUAAUUUAAUGAGGAAUCUUUGUAAUUGUCGUAUCUUUUUGCCAUCCUAUUGAAGCUUGGCAGGUUCACCUGUUUCACAUUUGACAAGCCUGGAUAACCCUUCUUUUUUACUGCCACCUCCCCCUGCUAGUUCUGAACUUUUGAUGUUGAUUUGUUGCAUUGGUUUCUGGUUUCAACAUUUAUUUUAGUUCUUAGAAGCUUUCCUGUAACAGAUUUGUCUCUCCUUUGUUUCAUUGCAGCCAAUAUUCAGUCCAUCUGUUUUGUCCGAUAUGACAAGACCUGAUGGCACAUCUUCAAUACCCGUACUAAAUGGCGAGCCUCUCUCUGUGGAUCUGGCGCAUGAGUUAAUGGGCAUCCAGGUUAUCAUCUAAAGGGGGAUAGGCUUACAUCCUUCAAGUUUUUAUUCUAGUCACUAUGACACAUUUUUUUCCUGUAUCUACCUGAAUUUGAUCGUGAAUUAUCCUUUUCUGUCCUGCUGUAAGGAAUCAUUCUAGCUUGCCGUUUUCCUGGCGUCCGUUUGUCAUGUAUUGCUGGUGGUCACAGAGGGAAUCCAUGAUGUUAGUAUGUGGCAGCUGAUGCUCACGGUAUGAAAUUCUCUGCUGAUGACAGUUUUUAUUUACUUCUAUUAUCAUUCAGUGGUAUUUGACAUAGCCACCCACAUGUUUUCUUCAGUCUGUGUGCUUCUUUUUCAUUCCUGAAUGAUGAGUGGAGGAUCUAGAAUCUAGAGGAUAUGUUUUUCUUAAUAAUUAUUAUCAGGCUGCAGACCAAGCCAUGUAUGACCAAGAAUUACACGACCCCUGGGAGCGUUAGCCUUUUUUUCAUGUAUUUCUUAGCUUUGGUUACAGGGUGUCAUUUGGCUUGGCUACCCAGAAAGCUGGCUUAGUGCAGCCUGAUUUUCUUGGGUUAAAAGUCAUUGUAAAUUAAGGCCAGAGCAGAUAGAUUGCUCAGCCUGGCCUCUCCCUGGUGCUCGUGCUCCUUGGUUGAACAUUCACAAUAUUUGGCCUUUGAUUCUUCAAGCCUGCUCCCCUCCCUCUGUCCCUCCCCCAUGGUAGCAUUCCUGCCUCUGUUCAAUAUCUCCCCAUCCCUGAGGACAAACAUGCCCGUUCACCUCGAAAGUGACUCAACUUCGCCAGUACCAUCCACCUGUUUCUGUUUCCCAUAUUUCAGGCUCUAGGCUCAUAAAAAUGACUGGUUCAAGGCAGGUUAUUAGGUCCCCGCCCUUUGACAUUCAUUGCUUUGGUAGCGAUUUGUUCACUUUUUCCGCUCUUUAUUCCGGUCAUUUUAGUAGGCUUUCUCGUUUUAUUUCUUCCGCUUUCAUUAUCUUUCAUCCUCUGUUCUUUUCUCUUUACGUGACAAACCGAGCCUCUAACAUCCUACUUCAAAGCAGACUGCGGGAGAGACAUUUUAUGAAUUGCUUAACAAAAUGCCUGACUAAUGACGCAGGCAUAAACUCGUUAGGAACUUGAUACACAUGGACUCUGUGUGCUCGUCAACUUUGGCAACCUGCUGUUUGUGGGAUCCUUACAUUAUGAGUCUGGUUGCCCAUAGGAAGCUUAUGCCCUGAAAUCACUUUUGCAGGUUGACAUGCUGAAGCACAACAUUCCUGAUCCAUCUUUGAUGGCAUCUAGUCAUGCUCAAGCCAUUAAAAUGGGUACAGGCAAAGAAUGGAGAGACGAGAUCUUGGCCCCAGGGGAAGAGUUCCUGGCCACUCCUUUUUUCGUGCACACCAAGUCAGUCCGUUGUUCUGAUUUUUGCCAUGUGCCUAAUUAGUAUAUAGUGCUGAUCUAUGCAUUAUAUUUCUGUAAACUGUAUGCAGUUAUUUUCUUCAGUUCCGUAGUACUCUUUCAUACUCUUUGAAAAAAAAAAACACAAUUUACUGUUCUUUCCAAAUUUCUAAGAUAAAUAUGUAUAUUAUUUUACUAGGGUUCUUCGUAUACAAUUUUUUAAAUUAGUUCAUACGACUUUUGAUUUCCCUUUUUCCUAAAUGGCAAUGUUUUAUCUUUUACUUUGUUCAAGCAUAACAUCUGAAAUGUGGACCUAUAAAAUCAUAUUUCCUAGGAAUACACCGUUGAUGGGGUUUUGCAGUGCAUUCAUCAGCUUCUUGGUCAGUUUUAGAGUAGACUUGCGGUCACUUGAGGUGUCAGAAUCUGAUUUGGUUCCCAUUGUGAAUCUAGACUACGACAUCAAGAUCUCUCCCCACGGAAUGUGGUGCUGCUGAAGAAGAUGCUGGGGGAAUACUUCAGGUCCACGUCAUUCUGCACAACGUCAGCUGCAGCUGGGGUCGAUGGCUCUGGGGUUCAUCAGCAGGAGCUCUCCGAGCAGAAGAAGCUAAUGGGGCCAGACUUGGUCCUGCUCCCAUUGAAAGCUCAAGAUAGCAGGCCCCAGCAUGAAAGCUUCACAUCCACCCUGGGAAAACUGCGUGAUCAGGUAUUCACAUUCACGCUGGAGAAAAUUUUCUUCUGCCUCUAAUAUUGUUACUACCUCUUGGGCUCUUAUUUCGCUCUCCAGUUUUACAAUUAGACCCCCUCACAGUUAACAUUCCAAGAGGAAUACUUCUUGGGUUUUUUCAGGUUCUCAGUUUCCCAUUCUUCCCCCUUUAAGCUCCUAGUUUUUUCAAUAUUGUUUUUAGUCUCUGUGCUUUCAUCAUCUUCAGUGCUUUGAGAAUCAGCCUGUAUAUGACAAAUCGUGGACAUCAAGAAUUUGGAUAGUCCUCAUAUAUUUCAUAUUCAAGUGCCAUCAUUUACUAACCAGUCCCUUUUUCAUAUUGGCUCUAUUCUAGGUGCUGUCGAUGAAUCCCCAUUCUUUCACAAAGCCCAUUUCUGAACGAGACUGGCUGCGGAAUUCUGCAAAGGUGUGGGAGAUGGUGAAGAGAUCUCCGGUUAUUGCAGACUAUUGCAGAUGCCUUCAGAAUUCCGGCCAGUUUAGGAAGUAG